AUGGAUGUUGAUAAUCUCACGUACCCUCUCCUACAAAAGUUCGAGCUGCCACUCUUCCGGAGACUCUACCUCCGGAAAGCAGAGGCGACCUCGGUCGUUCCCCAAUCGAUCUCUACCUCUCCCGUAUAUACAUCCUGA